CAGCGGAGGAGAGACACCAGUCCGAGUUGGCUGAUCCGAGGCAACCAAACACACCGACUGGCAUCCGCGCUGGAGCCGAGCGAGGAGCCGCGUUCACUGCGUCCGGUCCGCGUCCCGCUCCGCUGCGUCCCCGUGCACGACAGGAUGAACGCGUUCAGGAGCUUUGGACACUUUGGACAGCAGCGCGCGCUGGAAAACAGGAUUUAGUGGAGAAGUUGGCUCUCGGCAGCGGCGGUGCCCGAGCUGAGACUCUGCUGACAGCCGUGAGGAGGAUCCGAGACUCUGUGUCGCCGAGCUGCUCCGUGACGCGCGAGGACGGAUUUUAACAAGUUCUCUGGGUUUUUAUAAAGUUUACAGGAAAAUUACGGCUGAUUUUUUUUUCUUCUUCUUUGUUCUCGGUGGAAUCUGACAUACUGAGGCUUAUUGUGGAGACGGAAUACUCUGGGUCAGCGGCGGGGAGUUGUUGGAUAGUUUCUUGCGGCGUGGAGGCCGCCGUUCUGCUGGACAGCAUGCGAAUGGAGGAUGUUGUCUGAGUCUGAGUCGGGCCUCCCUGCUCUGCGUCUCACCUCGUCGUCCAGAGGAAUGACGGCUCUGUGGUGCUCACUCUGGCUUUUCUUCCUCCUGCCUCUCUGCGUCGCUCCGGCCAGGCUGCCCACCGCUCAGCCCACAGACUCUGUGUCCAGCGAGACAGCCUUCCUGGAGGACUAUGUCCUGGGCAUGGGGGACACCCUGGAAAUGUCAUGUGACCUGGAGGACCACUCGGAGCCUGUCGUCUGGUUCAAAGACGGCGCCGGGCUGGUGCCUAGCAACCGCACGCGGCUGGGCCAGAGGAUGUUGUGCAUCAUCAACGUGUCGUACGAGGACUCGGGCGUCUACUCGUGUCGGCUCGCCCACAGCAACACGCUGCUCGGCAACUACACCAUCAGGGUGACAGAUUCUCUGUCGUCUGGUGAUGAUGAAGAUUAUGAUGAAGAUCCAGAAGAUGCAGGUAAUGGAAAUGAGGCUCCAUACUGGACCAGGCCUGACCGGAUGGACAAGAAGCUUCUGGCCGUUCCUGCCGCCAACACCGUCAAGUUCCGCUGCGCCGCGUCCGGAAACCCGACGCCGACCAUCCACUGGCUGAAGAACGGCAAAGAGUUCAAGGGAGAGCAGAGGAUGGGAGGCAUCAAGCUGAGACACCAGCAGUGGAGUCUGGUGAUGGAGAGCGCUGUGCCGUCAGACCGGGGGAACUACACCUGUGUGGUGCAGAACAAGUACGGCGCCAUCUCCCACACCUACCAGCUGGAUGUUCUGGAGCGCUCCCCCCACAGGCCCAUCCUCCAGGCCGGCCUGCCAGCCAAUCAGACGGUGGUGGUGGGCAGCGACGUGGAGUUCCACUGUAAGGUUUACAGCGACGCCCAGCCGCACAUCCAGUGGCUCAAACACAUCGAGGUCAACGGCAGCCGCUAUGGCGCCGACGGCGCCCCCUACGUGGACAUCCUGAAGACGGCAGGUAUUAACACCACAGAUAAGGAGCUAGAGGUGCUCUCCUUGACCAAUGUGUCUUUUGAGGAUGCGGGCGAGUACACUUGUCUGGCAGGAAACUCUAUCGGCUAUUCUUAUCACUCUGCCUGGCUGACGGUGCUUCCAGCAGUGAGCCCAGAGAAGGAGGAUUACUACGCCGAUAUCCUCAUCUACGUGACGGGCUGCGUGCUCUUCAUCCUCGCCGUGGUCAUUGUCGUCCUUUGUCGUAUGAGGAUGACGACGCAGAAGACGCUGCCCACGCCGCCCGUGCAGAAACUGUCAAAGUUCCCCCUCAAGAGACAGCAGGUGUCUUUGGAUUCCAACUCCUCCAUGAACUCCAACACCCCGCUGGUCCGGAUCGCCCGCCUGUCAUCCAGCGACGGCCCGAUGCUCGCCAACGUCUCGGAGCUGGAGCUGCCCUCCGACCCCAAAUGGGAGUUCCCUCGCACACGGCUGACUCUGGGUAAACCUCUGGGCGAGGGCUGCUUCGGUCAGGUGGUGAUGGCCGAGGCCAUCGGCAUUGACAAGGAGAAGCCCAACAAGCCGCUGACUGUUGCUGUGAAAAUGCUGAAAGAUGACGCCACGGAUAAAGAUCUGUCAGACCUGGUGUCAGAGAUGGAGAUGAUGAAGAUGAUUGGGAAACACAAAAACAUCAUCAACCUGCUGGGAGCGUGCACGCAGGACGGUCCUCUGUACGUCCUGGUGGAAUACGCCUCCAAAGGUAACCUGAGGGAGUACCUGCGGGCGCGGCGGCCACCAGGCAUGGACUACUCCUUCGACACCUGCAAAAUCCCCGACGAGCAGCUCACCUUCAAAGACCUGGUGUCAUGUGCCUACCAGGUGGCCCGAGGCAUGGAGUACCUCGCCUCGCAGAAGUGUAUCCACAGAGACCUGGCAGCCAGAAACGUCCUUGUGACAGAGGACAACGUUAUGAAGAUCGCCGACUUCGGUCUCGCCAGAGACGUGCACAAUAUAGACUACUACAAAAAGACCACCAACGGUCGUCUGCCUGUGAAAUGGAUGGCUCCGGAGGCUCUGUUCGACCGGGUCUACACGCACCAGAGCGAUGUGUGGUCCUACGGCGUGUUGCUGUGGGAGAUCUUCACCCUGGGAGGCUCGCCGUACCCGGGAAUCCCUGUAGAGGAACUCUUUAAGCUGCUGAAGGAGGGACAUCGGAUGGACAAACCUGCCAACUGCACCCAUGAGCUGUACAUGAUCAUGAGGGAGUGCUGGCACGCCGUGCCGUCACAGAGGCCGACCUUCAGACAGCUGGUAGAAGAUCACGACCGGGUUUUAUCGAUGACCUCCACUGAUGAGUACCUGGACCUGGCGGUGCCCUUCGAGCAGUACUCGCCCACCUGUCAGGACUCCAACAGCACCUGCUCGUCAGGAGACGACUCGGUGUUCGCCCACGACCCGCUGCCUGACGAGCCCUGUCUUCCCAAACAGCUCCCCAGUAACGGGGUGAUAAGGACAUAAAACCUGAGCU